ACUCUUGUCGAGUGCGGACGUGCUGAAGUUUAAAUACGUGUUAGGGUAGACUUUAUAAACCAAAUUCCUCUGUCUCGCUUUUAUCAUUGACUAGAAGAGACACUUCUUUUGAGGCGUUAUAACUAUCAAGAACAAUAAGAGAUAAUUUAAAAGGGUUUUACUAAGAAAAUUAGAAAGAAAAAUGGCAGAGGACAAGAACGAAACUAGCCCGAGCGCCGAGGGUGAAAAGCUACCGCAGGAAGCGGCGGCACCAUCCAAGCAAGAAAAAGAAGAACCAAAGGAAACUAAAGAAGAGGAGAAGAAAGUCGAGGAGAAUGGCGACGGUGAUAAACCCAAGGAGAACGGUGAAGAGAAACCCACGCCAGAGCCGAAGGACAUGCGGGCUAUAGUACUGAACGGUUUUGGCGGAUUGAAAAGUGUCAAGGCUCUCAGGAAGCCAGAGCCCACCCUCGCCGAGGGAGAAGUUCUGAUUCGAGUCAAAGCAUGUGGAUUGAACUUCCAAGACCUGAUGGCCAGACAGGGUGCUAUCGAUUCCCCGCCGAAAACUCCUUUUAUUAUGGGAUCCGAGUGCGCAGGUGACAUCGAGCAAGUUGGCGAGGGCGUGGAGAACUUUAAAGUGGGCGAUCGAGUGGUUGCACUUCCGGAUCACAAAGCGUGGGCGGAGCUGGUUUCUGUACCAGCAACAUCCGUUUUCGCGUUACCAGCUGGAAUGAGCUACCUGGAUGCGGCAGCAAUCACCAUGAACUAUACCGUUGCUUAUAUCCUGCUGUUCGAUCUGGCCAAUUUGACCCCCGGCAAAAGCUUACUGCUUCACAGUGCCGGCGGUGGCGUGGGCCAAGCAGUGGUUCAGUUGGCAAAGACCGUGAAGGAUGUGACGAUUUUCGGCGUGUGCAGUAAGUCGAAGCACGAAGCUCUGAAAGCUGCUGGAACCAUUGACCAUCUCUUGGAACGCGGCACAGAUUACACCAACGAAGUCAGGAAGAUCUCUCCUGAGGGCGUGGAUAUAGUUUUGGAUUGCUUGUGCGGCGAAGAAUGCAACAAGGGAUACGCCUUGCUGAAACCUAUGGGGAAAUACAUCCUUUAUGGAUCUAGUAAUGUGGUCACCGGCGAAACGAAGAGCUUCUUCUCGGCAGCCCGAUCAUGGUGGCAAGUGGACAAAGUAUCUCCUAUCAAGCUGUUCGACGAGAACAAAACCUUGUCCGGUCUGAACCUCCGUCACCUGAUGUACCAGCACGGUAGCCACGCGUUCGUUCGACGAGCCGUGGAACGCGUGUUCGCGUUAUGGAACGAGGGUAAGAUAAAGCCGGUAGUGGACUCGACGUGGGCUCUGGAGGACGUGCCGGAAGCCAUGCAGAAGAUGCACGACCGCAAGAACAUCGGUAAGAUCGUGCUGGAUCCGAGUCUCGAGCCGAAACCGAAGCCAGCUACUCCGGCCAAGGGAAAAGCGAAAGACAAGAAAGCUGCCAGCCAAGAAAGCCAAGAGAAGAAAGCGUCGAGCGUCGAGUCUGAGGAGGGAGAGAAGAAGAAAGAGCCUGAACUGACAAACGGCACAUCCGAAGACAAAUCCGAUAGCGAUUCGAAAGAAAAAGAAUCGAGCUGAAUUAGCGGCGCUAACUAAUUCUAAUAUACGUAUAUAUAUACAUAAAUCUAUAUAUAUAUAUAGAUAUAUAUAUAAAUAUUACAAAAUGUGUAAAACCCGCGAACAUCAAGAUUUUCCAGAUAAAAAGUACUACCCUAACUAUUCUACUCGCUGUUCAGAGAGAUCUACGUUGUUGCUGCACGCACAGAGGCUUCAUCCGAUCAGCUAAAACGAUCUACUCUGUAAAAUGAAAAUAUGCUAUGGUGUGCAGACGAAAAUGAAUCUACAAGAAGGAAUUCUUUUUUUAUGUUCAAAAAGGAAGGAGGAAAAGGAAAACAGUUUUACAAAUGCUUAAUCAGAUUCGAUGAGACAGUCUCGUCCCCCAAAGAAUUCAUAUCCGCACAUCUCAGUGAGUUCUCUUUGAUGGUGUCUACAAAAAUGAAAAGAGAGUGUGAGGCAGAGGGAGACAAAAAGAAAAAGCAACCAAUUGCAAAAUAUCAAUCUCGACGUGGUCCACAGUAGUUUACGGAAUAUAAGAAUUUAUUAUUUUUAUUUUUUCACACUGACCAAAACACGUACAUAUAUUGAUUGAUUUUUCAUACGUAUAUUUAGAGAGAACGCUUUUUGCUGGGUGCCACAAACUCGUUAGGACGAUUGCUUUUUCUUUUGCUAAUAUCUUUUGCUUAGAUUCAGUUUAUCGAAAGCAUUAACGCGUUAGUUAUCGGCGUUUGAUUGGAAAGUUUAAACUACAGGACAAAAGUUCGAAGAAGAUCGAGCGAAGUUUCAUUCGAUUCCUCGACACAAAUUUCGUGUCCUCUCGGCAGAAGUCGGAUGUUCUCGAGUUAGCUAGGCAAUGAUCUGAACGCUUCCAAUUUUUACCGAGUCGACCCGAAGUCAGACUAAUCUGUGGAGUACUUUUGCUCGUUAGUUUUCUCAUUUAUUUUAAAAUGCGUAAGAUAAAAAAUUAUGAUCUCGUAUGUGCAAUGGAAAGUAUGGCGGAGGUUGAUAGCAAACGCGUUAUAGUUCGAAAAAGAAAAAGUAACGAGUAAAAAUGGUAUGAUCGUCCAAUGAGUUUGAGGCAGCCAGCAGAUCGCUACUUUAUCUACUUGCAUCGACUACUAUUGCUACUGCAAUACACAUAUAUAUAUAUUGUAUAUGCAGUAAUAUUUUACACUACUAUAAUAGUACCAUUUACUGUAAUUUAAUAGAAUACGAUGAAUAAUCUGAUAAUCAGCUUUUUGCAGAGAAUGGGGGAGAUCGCGUAUAAGAAGGAGAACCCCGUUUAAAGGAAAAGCUGAAGGAUAACGAAUGACUGUAUUUUACUUUUUUACCGCGUGUAUCUCCAUUUUCUAUCGGUAACGCGUUUUUUAAUAACAAAUAUCGAGACAAGACUUAAACCGUUUCUAAUAUUCGAUAGCCUAAACAUGAUAGCUGAAGAAUAUAUUCUCUUUGUUAUUUUUAGAUAAAUCUGUUUUUAAAAAAAAAUCAUGAAAGUACUAAAUCGCCUAACUGCCUGCAAACGCUCUAAGCAUGAUCGUUGAAUUUUUCUAAUUAAAAACGGUUGUUCACGUGUUCGUGUCUAAAUUUUAAUAAUUGACAACUUCUGCAACGAUUCAUCAACGAUUAUCGCUCGUUUUAUGAUAGUGCGGUUUUUUAUCCAAUUUUUUAACAUACGACACACUAAAAUUUCUGUAAAGAAAGCUGUUGUUUUUAAUGCAUUUGUAUAAAUAUGUUUCAGUCUGUUUUUAAGUGUACGUUCACAAUUGAAAUCGGUCGACUAUUAUCUUGAGAGGCAUGCUUUUAACAUAAUGUUGAAAUCAAAGAUCUCUACUUUAUCUUGUAAUAACAAUAUCUGUUUUGAUUAUGGUUUGGAUUCUGACAUGGGAGAAUGUACUCCUUUCGCAUACCGUAACUGAGCUAGAUAAAUAGAAGUAUGCAUAAUAGUAAAAAUGAGUAAUGGGUGUACUAACUGGUCAUUGAAUUUAUGCGCUCGAUGUUUCAAGUGUCAUCAGAGCGCAUGCGCGUUGCCCUUGACAACGGCAGAGUGUUAGAACUAAUCAGAAUUGACACGAGCAGAAUAAACGGAAGCUCAGCUAUGGAGUACACUCUCUCGUGGUAGAAAUUGUACGAGAAUGAAAUGCCUUAAUUUAUCUAUGUGCGAAUUCUGUGAGAAAUCGAAUAUAUCUCGGUGCAUAUAUGAUUAAAUGAGAGAGCGUGACUUACUUGAAUCCUUUUCGACAUUUUAUUUUUAUCUUCGAUUUAUGAUCAUAUAUAAUUUAACAUGAGAGAAGUACACGGUAUGGUGCGAUCGACUUGUUGAACAAAGGCGAAUGAGUUUCCUAAUGAUAAAUGAUGAUGAUGAUGAUGAUGAUGAUGAAGUGAGAAACAAGAUUUUGUAGGAGUGUAAUGAGAUGCGAAGCUUGAGAAUUUUAGCUCGAUCAAUAUAACAAAUGAAAGAGGUAGUAGGAAAAAGUAAAGUGGCUCAGAAAAGGAGCGCGUUAUAAUGCAGAGUGAAAUGCAUAUCUCUCCGAAAACGGUUGGAACAAUUUUUACGUAGUUCGAUUCUGUUAGAAUUUGAUACUAGUUCUGUAUACCGAAAAUAUUCUAUAUAUUAUGAAAGAUCGCUAUGACAAAAGAAAAGAAAAAAAGAGGUUGCGUAUGAUGGAGAGCUAUACAUAUUAUAUAUAUAGAUAUAAAUAUAAGUAAAUGAGUAAAUAAUAUUAAAGUAAGUCGAUGACAUUCUUCGAAUCAUUAUCGGUACGGAGAAAUGUAAGAAUUUAUAAGAAUGAUUAUUAUUAUUAUUAUUAUUAAUUAUUAUUAAUUAUUAAUUAUUACUACUAUUACUAUUACUACUACUACUACUGCCGUAUCGAGUCUCUCAGUCCAAGAGUACACAAAGUACUGUAUCUCGUCUUGAAGAUGUAUCAGUCUCUCUGUCUGUUAUCAAGAACAAGGGAAAAAGAUAGAAAUAAAUGAAAGAUCGCAAAAGAAAAAAUAUGAAAAAUAACAAAAAAAGAAUCGUGAACGUAACUGCAUAUUUUGAGACGUAUCUUUUGAACACGUGUAUUAAAUUCGACGUGUGACGUAAAAUAUAUUAUCCUCUCUGCGCGAGAACAUGAUACACUCACACAACACAUACAUCUCAGUCACACAUACACGCGACGAUACACAUCAUGCUGUAUAUUUUAUUGUAAGGCUUUAAAUGUUUCAUCAAAUAACUCUAUUAUAUUAUAAUAUAUCUCUAUGCAUUUGUA